AUGGCAAGCUCCCAGCUAAGCCAAGAUGAGCUCGACGCAAUCUACGCUUUCGCUGUAGAUCUCGGACGCAAGGCAGGAGACUUUCUGAUGAAGCGGGUAGAGAAACGUAUUUCAGGAAUCGAAGGAAACUCGCAAAAAUUCGACGAGAAAGACAAUGCCGUUGAUAUUGUGACUCAGACGGACGAAGCUCUUUUCAGCCUGCAGGGCCGGGGUGCCUGGCUCAAUGAGAAGCGCCAACUCCCGUUGAUUCGCAAACCGUCCAUUCCGCCCAUGCCGGUCAAGGCGCCGUCGCAGUGUAUCUUCUCGUGUGAAUGGGGGAAGGACAGGCGUGACAUUCCGGACGGGAAUAUGCAUCGCAAGGUUGAGAGCUUCGUCAACAUGGCCGCUGAAGUAGGUGGACGCAAUGGAAAGGGCGGUAUGGUACAUGGAAUGCGCAGUUUGGGCAGCGCGGCCCUUGAUCUAGCGUAUACGGCCAUGGGGUCAUUCGAUAUCUGGUGGGAGGCCGGAUGCUGGGAGUGGAACGCACUGUGCGCGAAGUCUGGCAGCGAGUCCGCCGUCUGGAAUACACCCGGCCCGGAGUAUAGAGCUAUUCUCGACGCAUUAGAGGAUUUCCAUGUCUUCAAGUACAAUUAA